AUGGUUGGUAAACCCCUUUAUGAUGCUAACAAAAACUUGCUACAUGAUGGAAAAUAUGGAAUUUCCCCUUUUGUAUUCAAAAAAAGAUCAGUUAAGUCAAGUAAGAACAGAGUAGCAGGGACAAUGGAAACCAACACAAUAGAGAGUGUCACCAAGGAAGUGACAAGGAAAAUGUUGCUGGAACAUGUUAUUCCAGCAAUCAAAAGCAAGUGGCAUCCUAGCUUAUGUAAGAAUGUGUUUAUACAAUGGGGUAAUGCAAGGCCACACCAAAUCCCAACAGAUGAAGAGUUUCAAGAAGCAUGCACAUCAGAUGGAUUCAACAUUCAAAUGGUUUUCCAGCUAACCCUGUCCCUUGAUCUCAAUGUGCUUGAUCUAGGGUUGUUUACCUCCAUCCAAUCAAUCCAAUAUAAAUCUUUUCCAAAAAAUUUGGAUGAAUUGAAUGAGAAGGUCAAUGAGGCUUAUGCUUUGUUUGAUCCUAAAAUGAAUAGGAAUACAUGGAUCACAUUGCAAAAAUGCAUGACUGAGAUAAUGUGUAAGAAUGGAGGCAAUAACUACCCCCUACCACAUAUGGACAAAAACAGGCCAGUUAACCAACCAGAAGAUCAAGACACACAAAUACAGGUAGAUGCUGAUUAG